AUGGGAAACUGUCACACUACGUGCUUCAAUACUAGCAGUCUCGAGUUCUACGACGCGUGGAGGCAUCCGUCGAUUCGACGGCCAUUCAAUACCAAAACCUAUCAAAAUAAAGGCGAGACAAAGCUCUGGAUGUGCAAACGCGGAUGCUGCUCUGUCCGUUGGAAACUUGAUUAUGCUGAGUUCCAAAGUUACUUUAAGUACGUCGAGGUGUCUCCUUAUGUCGUGCUGCAGGACAAAACACGGCAGUGCAAGUGCGUCAUGUGUUGUGGAGUAUCUAAUGCCGUAAGGCGAUGGGACGGCCCUUCGGUACUCAAGCAGAAUAGGAACAUGGAGACUUAUGAAGGAAGAAUAUCUACGAACAUUUUAAUGUAA